AUGAUGGAGAUGAGAUAUCUCGACCGAGACCGAGCUCGCCAGAUAAGAAGGAUUUCAACGCCAAAUAACACAACAAACCCCACCAACAACCGCAACAUACACAACCCCAAGUCCCAAGUCUCAAGAGCCACGAAAGCAGGCCUCGUCAUCUAUCAUCUGUCAGCUGUCAGAUCUGGACGAGUGGUGGGUGGUGGCUUUGUCGAUCGCUGGCCCGGAGCUAGCGUGGGGUCCUACCUCGUCCUGGUUAUGAUGGGCAUAUCUGUUGUUGUUGCGGUUUUUAGGGCCCAUGUUGUGAGCCCCGCGGCGUCGAUCGAGUCGGAGACUAGGCCGCUCCGAGGCAGAAGCGACGAAUGUAGGUACGUUACGAAGCAUACAGAUAUUGGAAUAGGUGCUACAAACCCCACCAACCAGUAUAUACCUGCAAGUCUGCGCAUGAAGGCUCCGGGUUUCCCCUACAGCUCUGUGUAG